UCCGGGUGCAGCUCGCGGGCCACCCAGCCGGCCGCGCCACUGAGCAUGCCCGGUGCGACCGGCUCCCGGCCGCGGCGCCGCUCGCGUUUGCAGUCCCGUUCCUCCGGAUCUGGACCCCGCGCUCCGGACUUUGGCUGCGACCGAGUAGGGAGCGGGGGCGGAGAAGCCGGGAACCGAGAGCGGAGGAGGAGCGUCCCACACUCCCAGAGCCCGCGGGAUUCUCGGGGAGUGCGCCGCGCUUCCCCUCCGCUCUUGUGCGGAGGCCGGCUACGUCCGCCCGGGCUCGGGCUGCUCAGCACCGGUUUCAAAUCAGUUCCCCGAGCCCAGCGUGACUUAGGGAAGUGGUGGCAUUUUGUGAGAAGGACGUACACCUGCCAGGUUCGGGGAGGCGGGCCCCGCACCCCGAGGCCAUUAGACUGUGGGGCAAGGGGAACCGGAGAGGCUUCGGCACCUCCUUCCGCAGGUCACGUCCCUGGGGCGGGGACGCGGCUUUUCCCACGGAUUUUUGCUCACCUAUGACCCCACCUGAGAAUCCCGGCCUCCCGUCUUCCGGUCUCCCCAAUUCUAGGUUGCUGCUAAAUCACGGAGAACAGCCUUGGCGCCGCCGGUCCCAACUUGAUCCAAGGAGCCUUGUGAAGGAGAUGAGAUUCAGUGCCAGGGACUGGCCCCAGCUCCCGUCCUCUGGAAUCUGCAAAAUGGCUACUUCUUCAGAAAUGGUGGGUAGAGGAAUGGCAAGAGCCCAGAGAUCAAGGCCGUCGAGUGAAUACAUUUGGGCACAAAAAUGGACACUUUUGGAUUUUCCCUAAUCUUUUCCAACACCAAGAAUGAGAUUAUCAAAAGAUGUAAAAGCUGCAGGGAGCUUUUAGAUCAAGCUACAGGGAGCCAGAAUUCUUUUGACUUGGUGGGUACCUGAGAGUUGGAAGGAUCUAGACUGAGUAGUCUUUGGCCUUUGGAGAGCUGGCACUUUGCACAGUCACCUAGGAAACGAUACUUUCCCCCCACUGUGAAACACCAGCUAGAGAUGAUGGACAAAAAGCACAUUUGCUCUAAUUUCCCUUCGACGGGAUCCAGUUUGGGAUAGAUGUCGAAGCAGCUCCUUCCAGGUAAUCCACGAAGAUGUCAACUACUAAGUGACAACAGACAAGGAUGAUCACAGCAGAGUUGUAAGAUUCUAGAUAUGAAAAAAGAGCAAGCAGUCUGUUGUGCUCACCAUCGCAUCUUCAGCUGCUGCCCAGUGCCUGGUUUUAACUUAGUGCUCAGUGUAUGUGUCAGGUUUGAAUCCCAAUUCUGACACUACCCGUGCUACACUCUUCACCUCUCUGAAUCUGUCUGUAAAGGCUUAUUUAAGAAUUAAAUGAAACAGGAUACAGAAAAA